GAAUGUGGCUGAGGCAUUUCCGGCUCAGGAAAAACCACGGCUGAUAGCCGACACAGACCACACUCCAGGCGUGACGCGGAGCGUGUGAGUGGAAUCUUUCGAUCUGAUGGCAUUUUUCUCCGUCAAGGGUGCAAAGUGAAGCUCGCUGGUAGUCACCCAGCACAACCAGUCACAGCCAUGAGCCUCAACUUCCCCACGAGGAGGUUAGCCUCGUCUGCUCCCUCGACCCUCCAAUCCAUCGCUCGACCGGUCCCUCGAUCUUUCAUCUUGCCUCUCCAUUCUGCUACCCAAUUUAGAAACAAAUGGAGCUUUGGCGGUCUAUUUGGAAACCGUCGGGGUGGCCGUGGCAGCACCGAUGAUUCUAUGACGGGAGGGGAGAACCUCGAUGACCCCAAAGUCCGUCAGCGCUUUGCCCAGCAACAACAGCCCCAGAUGUCUAGCUCCAUUUUCGAAGAGGAGGUCGAUGAUGCCGUUUCCAAGGGAAAGAUGGGCUCCAAGGCCAACAUGGGGCAGGCUUCUCUGAAGACACCGGAGACCACCGCCUGGCGACUCGACCCCGAUCCGCGAAGCCGUCUGCGCUGGGAGAGAAAGAAGGUUAUCCAGAUGGUCCGUCGGAACGGCCGUGUCAGCCGUUCAGAGCGCAUUGCGCAAACUGAGAAGGAGUUGGCGCACAAGAGUCCCUUUUUGGAGACUAGUGUCAAGAAGCUCGUGCAUCUGGCGCGCCAGAUUCAGGGCAAGACGCUCGAGGAGGCAGUUUUGCAGAUGUCGUACUCCAAGAAGAAGAUGGCGGCGGAGGUCAAGUACCAGCUGGAGGAGGCAAGGGAUCUCGCUGUUGUUACGCGUGGUAUGGGUAUCGGUCCGGGCAAGGCCAAGAGACAGGGCGGAGAUGCGGAUACAAAGCCCAUCAAGAUCCAGACCAAGGAUGGCAAGACGUUGACCGUCGAAGACCCAACGAGGCUAUAUGUUGCCCAGGCCUGGGUUGGCAGAGGGCCCUGGAGAUCAAAGCAGCUCGACUACAAGGGCAGAGGUAGAUUCGGCAUCAUGCAGUCACCCUCCACCAGCAUUUCGGUCGUGCUGAAGGAGGAGAAGACGAGAAUACGGGAGUACAAGGAGAAGCUUGCCAAGCAGGCGCGGAGGAAGCCCUGGGUUCACUUGCCUGACCGGCCCGUGACGGCUCAGAGACCUUACUACUCGUGGUAGCCAAACUACCUAGCGAAAAACAACAUUGGGACGGCGAUGCGUUGAUCAAGGUGCUGGGAGAAACCCAUACUGUAUCAGUCAGAAAUAUGUAAGAAUAUGUACAAUGAAACCCGCCAUAGAACAUGAUCCAUUACGCC